GACGUGUGGAGAAGCAUUCCUCUCAUACUUUCGGGACACCUCUUCAGUCUACGUCAGAUCUGCUUGAAGUGGAUAAAAGGGGAUGGGGACUCUCAAAGAGGGAGAACAAACAGCCGUCAUUCCGCUGCCAGGUCUGCUGAGUGAUAUUAAGGAGGCUGGCUUUUCUUUUUCACUCAGGAGAGAUUGCUUCAGCUGGAGAAGAUGUGGAAGGUCUUUGUCGUCGAGAUCGUCUGCUUUACGCUGGUGUCAGCCUCGUGCCCGAAGGACUGCCAGUGUCCCCUUGAAGUCCCAACAUGUGCAGACAGCGUCAGCCUCGUGCUGGACAGCUGUGGAUGCUGUAAGGUUUGUGCCCGGCAGCUCUUUGAAGACUGCAGCAAGACACAGCCAUGCGAUGCCGCGAAGGGACUGGAGUGCAACUUCGGAGGGUCGGAUAAGGGAGUCUGUCGAGGUACGCUGACUUCAUUUCCCUUUUCUGUUUUUUCAACUGUCACCUUUUCCCUUUUCAUCACAUCAGCCUUUCCCUGCUUCUGUUUAACAGCCAAAUUAAACGGGAGAACAUGCGAGUACAACAGCAAGAUUUAUCAGAAUGGGGAAACCUUCCAUCCUAACUGCAAACACCAGUGCACUUGCAUCGACGGUGCAGUCGGAUGUGUCUCCCUCUGCCCACGUGAAUUCUCGCUGCCCUUGUUGGGCUGUGCCAAAUUAAGACGGGUCAAGGUACCGGGAGGGUGCUGCGAACAACUAGUCUGCUCUGAGGAAACAGAGGCACAGAGCGCUAUGAUAAAAAAGCACAGAAGAAAGUUCAGCAAAGUCAAAACCACUGAAGACGACCUCUCCAAAAAGAACGAGUUCACCUCUGUGUGGGGAGAAUCAAAGUCUCUGCCUGCUUUCAGGAGUCAUUCAGUGGACCACAUGUUUGCCCGAGGAGUCCAGUGCAUGCCUCAAACCACAGCCUGGUCACCCUGCUCCAAAUCCUGCGGCUCUGGUGUGUCCACGAGGCUGACCAACCGCAACAAACAGUGCAAACUGGUGAAAGAAACUCGGAUCUGUGAAAUCCGUCCCUGCAAACAGUUGACCUCGAAGAAAGGUCAAAAAUGCAGUCACAGAGGAAAAGCAAGCCAUCCAGUUCACCUGUCAUACGCAGGUUGUCGUAGCCUGAAAAAGUUGCAGCGCAGGUACUGUGGAUCCUGCUCAGACGGACAAUGCUGCAGGCCACACAGGACCCGGACAAUGCCUCUCCAUUUUCGGUGCAAAAACGGAGAGACCUUCAGGAGGAUGGUGAUGACGAUCAAAUCGUGCAAGUGUAAUCUCGACUGCUCCAACAACGCUAAAAAGACACCUGAGCUCUACAGACCUCUCGAUGACAUCCACAAACUGAAAAUUUAACCGAAAGGCUUGAUUUAAGCGCAAGAAGACUUCUGCUUCAUAUUAUUGGAGCCUUGUGGUUUGCUUCUUUGUGAAGCUGCUUUUAAAUGGUGAAUGCUGCAUUUUUAAAAAUGUUUUUCUUGCUUAUUCUUUGUACGUACUUAAUAAUAUUUAAGCCUCUAAUGACAAAACAUGUUAAAUCGCAGUGUGGAAAGUUAUGGCAGCUGCUAAAUGUGUCGUCACGCGGUAGCUGUUUCUUUUGAUUCACUGCACUCGUGUUAUUUAAAGGGAUUUAUGUUUCAUACUUUCUUUCUUUUUUUUUCAUUUUACUGCAAAGUUAAUGUUAAGCAUGGAAAACUGUACUUUUGGUUUACUGUCCUGGUCUCUGUAAUUGGUUGUCAAUGCAAAACGGAAAUAUGAUUGAAGCCUGGACACACAGACUGUUAAUUUCAUGGUUAGCAGAUUAUAAUCUCCAAUAAAUUCAAGGAAAACCAAUUCAG